ACAGAAUGGCGGCUGCUGCGUGCGGACCGCUUAUCGCGUGUCCCGCCAACGCGCACACGCGUAAAAGCAAAGACACGCGAAAAAGACGUGCGGCUCUGUUGUUUCUCACUAACAUUUCCCUGGACGGCCGGCCGGUGAAUCACAUAAACAACGCGGCAGAGUUUGAGGUCGGUCCGGCGGCGAACUACGGCACCUUUUCUAACCUGCCUGAUGCGCGUGCCCUCCUCAGUGUGCCUCGUGCACUCCUCAGUGUGCCUCCUAUUCUCCUUUUGCCCUCUGACUCGGAUUACGAUCACGCUGAGAGCACGGAGACAUUUCCGGGAUCUUUUACCUCCUCACAGGGCAAUUUGCUGUCCCCCUGCAGCCUGCAGCCAAGUCCAGUUGGAGCGCGGAAGUCCCUGCUGUCCGUCCAGAGCUGUGCAUCAUCACUAGAUUCCCGACAGAGGACACGUAACCUGUCGGGGUCUCAUUGGCCUCGCUCCUUGAAGAAAGUUCACUUCAUUAAAAACAUGAGACAGUACGACACCAGAGGCAGCAGGAUCGUGCUUAUCUGUGCCAAGAGAUCACUGUGUGCUGCGUUUUCUGUGCUGCCAUACGGAGAGAGCUUUUACAUAAGCGACCCAGCCCUGAGCACCCCCAGACGGAGGCAUUCAUCUGGGGGGAUAUCCACUACUCUAGAGAUGCUUCCUGGCCUGGAGGGGGUGGAGCUUGGCAUGUAUGGCAGGACAGUGUCUUAUGCCCAGUUUCUUUACCCCACAAAUGCAUUGGUUCGUGAAAAGCCACCAGAAAUCUCUCUGCAGAUGCCUUACUCCAGAAACAGCAUCCCAUGCAGCAGCUACCCUCCAUCUCGCCUCAACAGCACCGUAGGCUUCGACUUGGAUGAUGCUGAUUAUGACCCCGACCUGCUAAGUGACCCUCAGUGGCCGUGUGGGAAGCACAAGAGAGUCCUGAUCUUUGCCUCCUAUAUGACAACAGUAAUCGAGUAUGUGAAGCCGUCAGAUUUGAAAAAAGACAUGAACGAGACUUUUAAGGAGAAAUUUCCUCACAUCAAGCUGACACUCAGCAAGAUCAGAAGUUUGAAGCGAGAGAUGCACACAGUAGGGGAGGAAUGCGCUCUACAGCCGGUAACCAUCGCCAUGGCAUUUGCGUACUUUGAGAAGCUCGUCCUUCAGGGUCGCCUCAACAAGCACAACAGGAAGCUGGUGGCCGCCGCUUGCCUCCUGCUGGCUGCCAAAAUCAGCAGCGACUUCAAGAAACAAGAAGUCAAACAGCUAAUUGAUAAGCUGGAGGAGAGGUUCCGCCUUAGCCGACGUGACCUCAUCGCCUUUGAGUUCACCAUCCUGGUGGCUCUUGAGAUGGCCCUCUACCUUCCCGAUAGCAAGGUCAUGCCACACUACCACAGACUGACCCAGAAACCUUGUUGAACUGCUUGUGUGCAUCAGAACUGACUCGUAUAAAAGGAAAGAAAAGAAAAGGUUAUGGUUUAGUGGCUGUCCGUACUGUGUAUACUACACUAAGCUCUAAGGAAAGAGGAAGAGGAUCUAUUUACACUCCUCAGGCUAGUAGUGAGUCUGUGUGUUUUAUAGUUAGUAUUAACUUCUGUUUUGGUAUUUACUUCUUGUUUCACAUGGCACUAAUGCAACGGGGAAGUUACGGCAGUAAUGCUAGACCAAGAGGAGGUCUAAAGAUCAACUCUAAACACAAAUAACAAGGGAAAGAUUUUCCCAGCUCCUGUCUGUCUGUCUGUCUGCCUGUCUGUCUGCCUGUCUGUCUGCCUGUCUGUCUGCCUGUCUGUCUGCCUGUCUGUCUGUCUGUCUGCCUGCCUGUCUGUCUGUCUGUCUGUCUGCCUGUCUGUCUUCCUGUCUGUCUGUCUGUCUGUCUGUUUGACAUCCGUGUCAGUUUGCCAAAAAAUUAUUUUUUUUUGUCUUUAAUUUAAAGCAGAACUCUCCGGAACUGCUUCUUGUCUACACAUGAUCACAUUCAGACAUUUCCCACAUUAUAGAAAAGUUUUAUUCAUCUGUAUUUUAUACAGCACAUGCAUUUUGAACACAGUUUAUGUUACUGCUAUCACACACCCGUAGCAUCGUAUGUGAUCAGAUUCCAUGUGCAGUAUUCGGUCGUGUUCUGGGAUUUAGAAGAGAUUUUUAAAGCUCUGGUUUAAAACAGUGCUCUAUAUUAGAGCUGAUUUGCAAACAAGCACAUUCACUGUGCUUCUGUCUUCUGUGUGAGUUUCUACUUUUCAGCUUGACUGAGCUUUUAAAAUAUAGUGUGGGGCACACGUUUCCUUUCUAGUUGCUGCUUUGUGUAGUACACUUAGAUAAUAGUUAGAAUGCCUGUAGAAAUGUGUGUAAUAUGGAAGGCAAUACAAAGCAGCAGCAUUUCCUGUUUCAAAUACUGAAAAGCACAGAUUAAUCAUAGUGAUUAAUAAUACUCUGUGUAACAGCACUAAUGUUUUAUCGCUGUUUCAUUUUCAGUGAAAAGCUUUUGACAUCAUGCUGUAAAUGAAAAUCGUCUUGUGGACAACAAUUGAGUUGAAAUAUUUAAAAACAAUAAUCUGUCAUUCCAGUAGGGGGCAUAAUAAUCUACGUUUCAUUUUCUUACAGCAACCAUAACAACCAUUUUCCCCGUAAGAAGUGAUUUAGGGUUUUUCCAAGAAGAGAGCACAAAUACUUAUGCACAUGUUCAUCUGUAGAUGAUGUUUAAUCUGUUUGUGCAUUCAGAUUACAGGUUAGAGAGAUAUUGGUGUACUACACUGUUGUUGUCGUUUUUUUGGUCUGGAUUAAGUGUAAUGAGGUCCAUUCUUUACACUGUUGAUAUGUUAAAUGAUCAUUUCCAUUACAGCUGCCAAGGAGGGAUAGUAACAAGUGGAAAUACUAUUACAGCAGUCUUUAGGUUUUAUUUUUUUUUUUUUUUUAGAUCAAAAGAUGAAUAUGAGAUGAUAGAUCUCAACAUCUAUCUGUGUGAAAUUUGUGUGACCUUUUGUUUGGUUGAGAGGAGACUGUAGGUAGAAGCCAGGAAAAGCAUCACACAUGAAGAAUGCAACAGUUUGGUGAUGUCAGUGGGUAACCUGCGUGAUGUUGGUGUAAGUGCUAUUUACUUUACAGUACGAGUAUCUGUGACCUUUUGUAUGUCGUUUAACAAGUGAUGUUCAGUCGUGCCCUUGGUGUUCCAGUACUUUUGAAUGGGGCUCGGGUUUUCCCUUACACAAUGCAAAACAGCUGCAAGCCUUGUGCUUAUUUAUUUUUAUUUUGCACUUAGUACGGUUUUAUGAAGGCUGCGUACAAAACCAAUCAGUAAUAUCUUCCAGCAUCGAGCGUUCAGUAAAACGCUUCAGACGUAGCCACUGACCUAAAAUCAACUAGAACACUGUGUUCAUAUCACGUCUUCCUUCCUUCAUACCGUAUUAUUCAUUUUAAUAACGUCUAAGUAUACUUCAUUAGCACAUGCUGGAGUUAUGUGUGUGUUUUAUGUGUGGUGAUCUCCCUGGAGAGAUACUGUACUCUAUAUGACAAAUACAGACAUUUGCACUUUAGCUGUGUGUGUGUGUGUGUGUGUGUGUGUGUGUGUGUGUGUGUGUGUGUGUGUGUGUGUGAAUGAACUGUUUGUUUCUUUGAGUCUAUUAUAGAUGUAUAAAUCAGGGUAGUUGAUGCAAACGGGGCAAUUCUUGACUGCUUUAAAUCUUAAUAUUAUGCAAUUUUAUUUUGUUAAUCGUUGUGACAUGAUGUUAAAAUGGAACUGAUGUUAAACAUUGGCAAUAAUUAUAAGUUUUUAUAAUUAUAAGAUCUUUCAUAGAAGACAUGUUUUUCCUAUUUCACAUUUUCACACCCAGCGUUUGGUUAAUGUCAUUUUUUUAUCUUUAAAUUUGUAACCCAAGCAUUUCUAGUUGAAAUUUUAUCUAAUAUGUGUUGUUAAGCGGGGACUUGGAUUACUUGGACAUUCAAGCUUCAUCGUAAGUGCCUGAGUGAAUGAUCUGAUUAUUUGUAAAUGACAGUUUGAAUGCCAAACUUCAAUAGAAUCAUCAGUAAAAAUAUGUCACUGUGGUUUAUUUAUUAUAUUUUGGUCAACAGCAGCAUUAAUUAUCUUCAGUUCUCAAACUGUAAACUGUUGUCAUUUAAGCAGUCCAGCACUAAAAGCACAGAUUUAGGAAAGCACUGUGUGUCAUUCCUGCGUUAGAGCAGGAAAAACAUAGCAGCAUGAUGUCAUGUGUGUGAAGGUGGAUAUCUAGCAAAUACCUUAUUCCAGAUUUUCUAUGGCUAGGUAAUAAUGAGCAGUUUAUCCUUCAUUUCUGUCACACGCAACAUGUUUCUGAGAAAUAACACAUUCUCUAAUCCAAGCAGCAUCUGCUCAAUAUAUAUAUACACUUUAAAAUCAAACAAAAAUAUUGUCGUAUUUUCGAUAUCCAGUGACUCAUCCGUUCAGACAUCGAGGGGAAGUUUUUUCUGCCGCUUCGGCACCAGAAGAGAGAAGAGCAAUCAAAUCCUAAAUUCCAGUUUUAACAGUGAAACAGAGUGUAGGAAAGAAGCAAAAAGAAUGUUAGAAUUAAGAAAAAACUCCAUUUCUCACACACACACACACACACACACCGAUCACACACCAGCUAAAGGAGAUCUGGAUUGAACAGGGAAUAAUAGUUACAAAGACGUAUGUGGUUGGAAUGAUGUACACGGAUAUAUUUAACAACCUGUAGAGAAAAGCUCACAGAAGGAAAGUGGUGGUUGCCAUGGAGAUUCAAAUAUGCUGAGGCAACAAUAUCGAUAUAUUAUCACUUAUCCUUCAGCCCGAAACCAUGAACUGUCUAAAUAUAAUUUCAUUUAUUUGUAUAGCACUUAGCACGUUUUCUCACAGCAGCUUUACCGAAAUAUAGAAACAGAAUAAAAAAUGUAAAUUAUAAAGUAAAGUUACUACAUAUCUCUAAAAUCUAUCCCUAUUGAGCAAGCCAGAGGCGAAGGUGGCAAGGAAAAACUCCCUGAGAUGAUAUAAGGAAGAAACCUUGAGAGGAACCAGACUCGAUGCACGGGGGCUAAUAUGCUUAAAGCUCAUACUCCGAAUCUAAUUGGUGUUUCUGUAAAUUCCUAAACAAAUUUAUUCUUCUUACCAAAACGUAUAAAGAUUGAACAGAUGAUGCAUAAAAUAUCUUUGUUUGAAUCACUUUGUUGUGUGUGUGUGUGUAAACCUGCUCAUAUACUGUAUAUGUAUUGAACCUGCAUUAUGAGUGUUGUCUGUAAGAGACAUUCUUAAGAAAGAGCACUUUCAAAUAUAUAUAUAUAUUUUCUGAUUUCACUUUGACUUCACAGGAGUGACUUAUUCAAUGUCUUUCUGUUUCUACAACAUAGAUAGCAUGCAACUGCAGAUCCAAAGUCCAGCAAAAGAAUCGUCUUCUAUUAAUUUAUUGCUCUGUGAUUUACAGAACACGAUUAGAUUUUGCACGUUAACGUCAAGGUAUUUAUCUAUAGGGUUAACAGAUUUGCCCUCAAAGUUCAUCUGCUUUUAAGCCUUGUGUUCUGUUCACUCUUUGGACCCUUCCAUACUGUUCGGGUUAAAUUGAUUAUUGGGGUUUUAAGACAUUGCAGAAUAAAGAAAUAUAUAAUAAACACAAUCUAGAUCAUAUUUUUGAUUUAUUUUUGCAAUUACUAGAUUACAUUUAACAAUGAAUGUGUCAUCUGCUGCUGUGAUAAAGUUAGAUUUUAGUGUGUAAUAAAUUAUAAUAUAAUAAAGAAGUUGGUGUCAGAAAUUUAGGAAAGAAUUAAUGGAGGAUGUAAUAAAGAAUGAAGCCUGAGAAACUCCAGAUAUUCAGAACACAGCUGACUGACAUGUAUGUCAAAAACAGAGCAGUGUAUAUAAUGUGCAUCUGAGGGAAGUCCAUCUGGAGUGACUGUGACAUAUAUACGUGAUGUACCAAACAUGCUCCUAACUCAAACCAGACCAGUCGGUGAAACUUGAACAGAAAGAAGCAUGUUUUAAUUUGGUGGGUUUGUGUAAGACGUGAUGUCAGAGAGGCUCUCAGCAUGAUGCUCUAAGCUGAGUUCUGCCAAGCUGAACACUGCUCACAUGUGAUGUUACAGUGUAACACGGCACUUCAGCUAUCAGUGUGAUGCACAGCCAUGUUUUUAUGUCUCGGUGUCGUGCAGACGAAUGACAUGCAGUGUCAGGAUUGGACAGUGUCAUGAGUAUUAGGGAGAAAUGAAACUACAUCCAUCUUCAUUGAGGAUCAUUUAUUCUGCUGCUUCACUCUGUGUUUUUCUCAAUCUUUCUCUUUCGUAAUGUGAGUUAGUAAGGGAUUAGUGCAUGAUGGCAGUGGUGCUCUCUCUCUCUCUCUCUCUCUCUCAACAAGGUAUAAAAAAUAACUAAGUCACUAAAAGUGUCAAUUUCCCUAUAUAUGAAGACUUUAGAGACACCCUGACUACUCUACUAUGCUAUGCUAUACUACAAUGGUGCCACAGUGGUUAAGUGGUUAGUGGUUUGCCUCUUACCUCUGGGGUUGGGGGGUCGUCUCCCGACCCUGUUUGUGUAACAUUUGUAUGUUCAACCAGUGCUUUAAGGGAUGUCCUCCAGGUACUCUGGUUUCCUCCCCCAGUCCAAAGAAGUGUUAUAGGCUGACUUGUCUCUAAAGUGUGUGUGAUUGUGCCCUGUGAUGGACUGACACCCCUGUCCAGGGUAUCGCCCACCUUGUACCCAGAGUCAGCUGUAAUAGACUCCAGGUUCCCUGUUAGCUUUAGUAAGAUAAAUAUAGAAAAAUGAUGGAUGUAUGGAUGGGAUUGUGUUACUAUAUAUAUUACACAAUGCUUCAAUCGCCAUCUGCUGGUAAAUAUUGGCAGUAACCAUGUGUGAGAUCACAUAAAGUGAAUCUCCUUAAUUUUUACAGUCAUAAUAUGUCUUGUUUGUAAACUCUAUAGGAUGCAUAAUUACUUUCUUUAUCAUAGAUCAUGUUUCUUUAUUACAUUGCAGCAUGCCUGAAAUAACUGAACAUGUUAUGGAUAUGUAAUUUAUAGUGCUGCUCGAUGGCACUAGAAAAUCUCACCUUUUAUCUGCUUGCACCUUCAAGUUACAUCACGAAUCAGCUGAAAAUCAUAUUCUCAGGUGUAAAUAGAGAUGUGCAGAUAACCUGCUCAAAUUCUUCGAAAUUCCACUGGGUCAACAUCAUUCAACUUGGCUGGGUUGCUGUGAAAUGUUUGAGGUAAAACUGAGCCACCCAUAACAACAUGCCAGUGUCGUACUGCAACCUGAUAACCUUCUACAUCUAUUAUAAUGUAUAUAUAUUAUAACAUAUUGCCAGACUGUAUAUUUAUAAUCACACCCUCCAGUGUCACCCAAAUGAGGAUGGGUUCCCUUUUGAGUCUGGUUCCUCGCAAGGUUUCUUCCUCUUCCAUCUAAUGGAGUUUUCCAUCGCCACAGUCACCUCAAUCACCUCAGUCACGAUCAUUGGGGAUAAAUACAAACACAUUUAAAUAUAAUUCUAAUAUUAAAAUUGAAUUUUUGUAUUUUAUUAAUCUUUGUAUAAUAUAUAACAUUUUUUGUAUUGUGAUUCUUAUGUUCUGUAAAGCUGCCUUGUCCACUGUUAAAGUGCUAUACAAAUAAAUUUGAAUUGAAUAUAUAUCUAAAAUAUUCUCAUAUACACAGAAGGUGUGCUGUGAUACCAUGUGCCAAGUCAUCUUUGUGCCCAGGUCUUCAUCAGUGAACACUUGCGUCAUCUCUAAUGAACUCUAAAGAAAUUACUGACCUGUUAGUUCCUCAGGAGCUCUUGGUUGCACAAUUCCACUCGACCACAAACUGCUAACAUUAUUUACAUUGACAUUAUUGCCUGUCCAGCGUCACCCAAAUGAGGACGGGUUUCUGAGUCUCAAGGAUUCUUUCUCGUAUCAUGUCAGGGAGUUUGUCCUUGCCAGCAUUGCUCAUUAGGGAUAGAUGUUAGGGAUAGAUGUUAGAAUAGAAUUUACUUCAUAAAAAUGUCUAUUGUUAAAAGCGCUACACAUCAUUUGAACCGAAGUCAACACAAACUCAUAUUUCUCUGGAAACACAACACGGUUUUCUAGCCAUCACUAAUCGACGCUUGUCAGAGUCUUGGAGAACGUGAAGGACUGACUGUUCACUUGCUGCCUAAUGUAUCCCAUCGUUUAGCAGCUGUCACUGUAAUGAGAUCAUCAAUGUUGUUUACAUCACCUCUCAGUGGUUUUAAUGUUCUGGCUGAUCGGUGUAACGUGUUACUUGUGCACUAAUUCCCUACACUGUUCCUGUGUGGCGUUGUGAGGCAAACAUGAGCAGCAUCAGCAUUAGUCACAGACAGUAAUGCACAGAUACACAGACAUGUUUCAGUCAGGUUCAGGUUCAGAUGAGAUCUAACAGAGCUGCCCUCUAGCAUUACACUGUAGCACUGCUCACUGACACACCCAACACUGUCUGUGGUUACAACAGGCUUUAAACAGGACAGGAAUCAGAUUUGAUCUCACUAUGCUAAUGCUAAUAAGUCAAAAAAAUAUUUUUCUUCCAGAUUAUUCAGUGGGAAAUGAUUUAUGAUCUUCUGAGCCUGGUUCCUCUCAAGGUUUCUUCCUCAUAUCAUCUCUUGCCACCGGCACCUCUGGCUUAUUCAUUAGGGAUAAAUUACUAAAUUCUUUGCUUUGCUGUGAUUCUGUUUUGUGGCAAUUUUUUUUCCCAUAGAGCUGAGAUAAUGAUGAUCUCUCUUGUGUUUUCAGUGUAAUAAUAAAAUCUACAUCUCAAAUGA